UAAUUCCAGCUCCCUUUGGGACGCUGGUCCGGGGCCAAGUGAGAAGGGUGCGGAGAGGAAGAAAGGAAAGGGGCUGGAGAGAGAGGAAAGAACACAUUUCCGAACCCUAAUUCUCUUCUCUCCGACGCCUUUUCGAUCGAUUUUUUUUCGGAUUUCUCGGUGUUCCUCGACGAACUCAACAUGGCUUGAACUCAACGUUGCAAAAAGAAAAAAAAAUAUUUUUUGCUAGCUCUUUUGACUCGAGUAAGUUCUUACUGCCUCUCAGUAAAUUUGUAUAUAUUUCUGACAGCAUAAAUUGGGAAGAGGACAUCGUGACAAAGUUCAGCAGUUUAUGGCAAUAACUGGAACCAGUGAGAAGGUUGCUCUUCAGGCUUUGAAAGCCAGUGAUUGGCAUCUAGAGGGGGCUUUUGACUUUUUCUAUAGCCAACCACAAAUUAGAGCAGUGACAGAUUCUAGACAUCUUGAAGAGCUUUACAAUAGAUACAAAGUUGCGAUUUUUGGAUUGAGCUCCAUCUUAUGUAUCCCAUUACGUAGGGUGAUCAGAAGCUUCUCAUCCAUGUCUAUCUCAGACCCUUAUGUUGAUAUGAUCAUGGUUGACGGUGUAUCUCUUCUUUGCAAUGACUUGCAGGUGGAGCCUCAAGAUAUUGUAAUGUUGGUUGUGUCUUGGCAUAUGAAGGCUGCCACAAUGUGUGAGUUCUCUCGGCAGGAGUUUAUAAGUGGAUUACAAUCACUUGGGGUAGAUUCAAUUGAAAAAUUUCGUGAAAAAAUUCCAUCACUGCGUGCUGAGCUUAAAGACGAAAAUAAAUUUCGUGAGAUAUACAACUUUGCAUUUGGUUGGGCAAAAGAUCAGGGUCAAAAGUCUCUGGCUCUGGAUACAGCUAUUGGCAUGUGGCAGUUACUGUUUGCUGAAAAGCACUGGCCCUUGGUUGACUAUUGGUGCCAGUUCUUACAAGUCAGGCAUAAUAAAGCAAUCUCAAGGGAUACUUGGUCUCAGCUAUUGGAAUUUGCUAAGACAAUUGAUCCUCAAUUAUCCAACUAUGAUGCAGAGGGUGCAUGGCCCUACCUUAUUGAUGAAUUUGUGGAGUACUUGUUCGAAAACGGGAUUGUCCAGCGUGGAAAUUGAAAGGAAGUUGAGAGAUGAAUUGUGGCAUAGGUGAUAGCACACAAAUGUACAUCAUUAUCAACUCCUUUUCAAUAUUUGAAUUAUUUCCCACCCAUGGUAUGGCACUAGUUGCUCUUGAAUUCAGUCGGUUGCUGCGUAAAAUUGGCUUCACCAAAAACAAGAUGCUACAUUAGAGAAUCUUUUAAGCCUGGUGAUGGAGGAAAUAUUCUACUCUUCUGGCUGGCCAGUGAAUAUAGAGAUGGUAUUAGUGAUUCAUCAAUGUCUUGAUUGUUAUAUGGCUGAAUUUUAAUGUUAUUUGGUAACUUUUUGGUGCAAGCUGCCUGUGACUGGUUUUUAUUCAACAGAUGGUAACAUUUGCACAACUGGGAUGAAAAAUAAGAGCUGUUGAUUUAGAGAUGUUACCCUCUCAUAGCAGAAUCUCUCGUUGGGUGUCUGACUACCUCAUGCAUCAUUAAUCUGCUGUAUGGGAAUCAGUUGACACAGGCUGAUUCUUUUGUUCCCACUUGCAAUUUCUUGGAUGUGACUUUGUUUUUGGCAUUGAAAGAUCUUGGAUGGGGUUUAUUGCCCAA